UCCUAAAAUGAACUAAAUUGUGCGAAGUUCAUUCGAUUUCCCGAUUUUAUGCUUGGUUGUGUUUGAAUCAUGUUUCAGGGUAUUUUAUUCGAUAAGAACAGAAUAAUGAGUCAAUUCAACAAAAAGGUGGCAGGUUCGAAAUCUGGCGUCGGUGGAACUCGAGCCUGCGACGUCCCAGGCGAGGGCAAAGAGCCGUACCACUUCAGCCGCGUUCCCUUUUGUUAUCAAUAUACGAAAAUCAUCGUGUAUUAUGGUGAUGCACUAUGGAAAGGAGAAGCAACUACCUACCAAAAUGCACUAUGGAAAGGAGAAGCAACUACCUACCAAAAUGCACUAUGGAAAGGAGAAGCAACUACCUACCAAAAUGGACUAUAAAAGGAGGAGGAUUUGGACCAUAGAGAAAAGGACUUACUCUUCUUGUUUCAUUUCAAUUCUUCCUUGUCAAAACUCUCCCAAAUCGUCGUUGUAAUAUUCGUAUUUCAAUCCAAUGUCAUAUGCUUCAUACGAUAACGGUUCUCAUUCUUGAGAUUAGCGGUAAUACGUUACAUUAGUAAAUUACCAUAAGAAGUUUAUUUAACUUCUAGGUGAUUUAUUGGUAUAACGUACUUACUCUAUUCUCGUUUCUUCCACUUGGUUUACAACAAGGUGUUGAUAAUUUUUAUACUCUUAUGCGUUUAAUUUUCAUGCUAUUAUUAUCGUGGGUUAAAUAGGGACGGAUUACCGCCUUACUCCCAUAUUUACUUUUUAAGUGGGGAAAUUGGUUUAUACGAUUAGCUAGCUCACUUGAGUUAGUUAAGUCCUUCCAUAUCCCCAUAUUUAUAUUUUCGGAGUAGGGUUUGGUUUAUACGAUUAGCUAGCUCACUUGAGUUAGCUAAGUCCUUCCGCCCGUUCGUCCAAUUUGUGCUAUAUUUAUAUUUAUUUGUGGAGUGGGGUUUGGUUUAUACGAUUAGUUAUCUCACUUGAGUUAACUAUAUCUUUCCGCCCUUUGUCCGUUUUAAUGGAGAACUAAAAAACACGUUGUUUGGAAUAGUGGAACCCUCGAUGAAAUUAAAGAUCCCAACUCUUUUAACACAAUUUAACUAACAGAUUUAUGACAAAUUAACAUAUCUUGUGUUUGUUUAUCUUGUUCCCGGAUGAGAAGAGAGAUCUUCCAUUUAGGAAAUUGUUGGAAGACAGAGUCGUCUAGAAACAGCACUCUGAUUCCUUGAUCACCAAAUACAAGAACCAUUCAGGUAAAAUUCAUGAGAAAUCAUGAUUAAUUUGUGUGGUCCAUCUUGAGUGUAAUUUGGGUCUUUAUCUAUCAACUUUCAAUUAUUUAAUAUGACGUGAAAACCGAGAUUAGUAAUUAGAAGCUGAACGAAUUUAUUGAUAAGAAAUUGCAUGAAUUCAAUUUUAGAAAUUACGAUGGGAUGAAAUUUAUAUUAAAACUUGUUAAUUAAAUUGAGUUUAUUCGGGAUGAAACAUCGAGGGGGAAACUAAACCAAACAACUUUUCCAAAUCUUUGUCUAAAUUAAAUCAUUUAAUUCAUUAUACAUAAGAAUAUUAAUACUUGAGUAAGACAACAGAAAAGACCCUAGGGAAAUACGACUCCAGUCAGUUUCACUUUCUGGAUUAUUUUUGCAUGCGCUUUUAGCGACACCAAAUUUUGGCGCCGUUGCCGGGGACACUUUUCUAGUUGUGUGAAAAAGAAUUAUUUCCUUGUAUUAUUUUAUUUAUUUUCCUACCUUGCUUUUCACGGGUUUUUACUGUUUUUGUUUUUCCAUUCAGGAUUCCUUUUAUGAAUCGACCAAAUACCAGAUUUUACAAACGAAAACUUGAAGAAGUUGUCUACGAAACAGUGAGCAAUCCCUCUGAAGUCGGAGAUAGUGAGACAGAAUUUGAAGACUAUAAGGAGGUGAAGGAAGAAAAGACCAUCAUGGCAGCCCGUCAAAGAACAUUGGUUGAUUUCGCUAAACCAAGUGCAUCUGGUAUUGCCUCCAGCAUUACUAGACCACCCAUCACAACAGCAAACUUCGAACUACGCCAUAGCACAAUCCAGAUGGUGCAGAACGCCGGUCAGUUCGAAGGAAAGGACGAUGACAACCCCGUCCAUCAUGUACAAGUCUUUCUGGAAAUUUGUGACUCCGUCCAACACCAAGGAGUCACAGCAGAUGCUAUCAGGCUACGACUUUUUCCUUUCUCACUUAGAGGAAGAGCUAAGUCGUGGCUUGACUCUCAAGCACCAGGAACCUUCACCACCUGGGAUGAUCUAGCACAAGCUUUCGUGGAAGAAUACUGACUCGCUCAAACACAACACCUAACAAAGGCCAAGUGUAACCAAUGAAAGGGACUGCAGUAUAGUGGCUCAAGUGAUAAAUAUCGAAUCCACGGGUCUCUAGAGUUACUAUUACUCAGCUUCAGUUUAUUAUUUAGCAAAUCAGAUUAAGAUGAAAGAACUAAAACUACUCUAGCAAACUACAGUUAAAGUUAAUCUAAUUACAGGUUGGGAACUCACUUAGGUAUGAUUCCCCCUAGCCACUAGCCAGAUUAAUGAUUGAUGAUCUCUAACCUGUUUCACUUUCAUUCACAAUGCGGAGAAUCCUUGACUAGACCGUGAGUCUCGACUAAAGGAACAAGGCCCUC